AUGGCUUUGGUCCGCUGGGAUGAUGAUGAUGCGGACAUGAACCAGCUGCAACGUUAUGACUCUUCGAGUGAGUCCACUGAUGCUGAGUCUUCGAUCGCGCAUGAUGUUGAUGAUGGUCGUCCACUACCCAUCAUUGAUCUAACCCAAGAACGACUCCAGUCACUACAUGCUCUUGGGAAGGAUAUCCCAUGUGCCGUGAAAAUUGGCUGCGGUGCAUGGGCAUUGGAAAACACCGCCUUGGACGGUGCCGGGCCGCUUUUCAAGGGAGAGAUGGAAGGACCAUCUGCACCACCUGCAGUGAAGUCAGCCAGUGUGACAAAUUUCUUGGUUCACUUAUACUGGACAGCUGCAGAGCCAAUGUCCACAGGGAUCAUCGCCAAGUCCAAUGCUCACAGUGGGGAUCAGAAGUUGCAGGAAGAGAUCUUGCAACGCCUCAUUGACUCUAAGUUGAUGGGCCCGACUACGGAAAUUCUUUUCCACCACGACCCCCAGCGUCUUGCAUUGCGAGAGCUCCCACAUGGGUGCUGGAGCAACGUGUUUGUGCUAUAUAGAGCCCAUUGUCGCUCUUCUGGUGAACCCCCAGCAGCAAAAUCAACGUUCUUCGCAGUAUCCCAAUCAUGGCGAUGUUGCAUGCGCUUUCAUAAAAAAACUCAACAUUCGCUUCGUGUCACAUGCAGUCGACUGAAGAUGGAGAUCAGAAACUCAAAAGACCUAAAAUCUCACUGUCAGUUCAGUCAGCAGUUGCUGAACCACUACUUUGCGGUCUUGGAAGACCGCAAGGUGUACUACACCGCCCGGGAGAGAGGGAAAACCUUUAAGGAUGUCCUCGUGUUGAUCAUAGACAGCUACGAUAAAGCCAAAGUGACACUGCCACGAUGGCCAUUUCAAAGGUGUUCCAAAAGACCCAUAUACGAACAGGUGAGGCGUACAUCCAUGACGUUGACUGGCUGCAUCGUUCACGGAUUCGGUGUUUUUUUGUAUUUGGGAGAUGAAGGCUUUGGAACCGGAGCAAAUUGGACGAUCGAAAUUGCUAUGAGGUCCAUCGAUCGAGCCUACGCAAUCGCACAGAGCAUGAAUCGUUCUCUUCCAGAUGAGCUCUUGUGCUGGGUGCAGGGCGAUAACGCCUGCAAGGAAGUUCGUAACAGUUACACUGGCAGGUGGGCUUCCCUGAUGUGCCAAGGCGGCUGGUUCAAAAACAUGGGACACCAUCAUAUGCAAAAAGGCCACACACACGAAGACAUAGAUGGUAUAUUCUCUAUCUGCACUUCAGCACUCAACGCCCUAGCGGACCUUCAAACCCCAAGAGAUGUUCAAAGGACACUCAUUGAUCGGAUGAGACCUCUUUUCACAAAGUCUGGGCUGGUCUUCGAUUGCGAGAUUAUCGACACUAUCCGGGAUUGGUGCCGGAUCAUGCCAGCUGGGGCCACCCUCAAGAACUGCUACCGGCCUCGAAAGGGUGAUUCUGAUCGAGAUGAUGAACGCUGUGUGCCACAGAGCUUUACAUUUAUGGCAAGAGAAGGAAUGCCAGGGGGUGGUUAUGGCAUCGAUAUGGAUGAGAGUAUCCCACGAAGACUACGUUCCGAGGGCUGUGCCAAAGAUAUUUUUGCUCUUGUGAAAGCCUCAAUGGCAAGUCCCACGCUGUCGCAGAAACCAAUACUGGUUUACCCGCAAAGCUUUUUACCAGCUACUGAAAGGUUCUUUCGUACCAUCAACUCAUGCAACCUGUUCCUGACAGCCUCCUUGGAUGAAAGCCGUUCCAUGGAGUUGAAUGAGCUGGCAAAGUACAUCGAACUUGACUUUCCUCACCUUCGAAGGGGGGUCGGUUACUUGAGGUCUUUGAGUGAUGACAACAGGAGACGGUUGCCAUCGCCUCACUUGAAGUUCAUCGAAGCGGGUCCCACUGCGGCGCAUGGUUUGGGGGAUGUGCGGGUCGGGGCAGUUCGUGCUGCACCUACUCCAUACAAACUCCAGGUGGUCUUUCAUCAUCGGCCGGCAGGAUGA